AUGCAACGUAUUCUAAUGCCAAUAUUUGAAUACGCCAGAAUGAUCCCAACUAAAAGUGUAAAGGAAACACAGAGCGCGGUAAUGUCCGGCGAGGGACCUUUUCGAGCCGCUAGAUGGUGUCUCAGUAAACAUAUAAUACAGGAAAUAGCCAUCUUGUGUGUCAGUAUGUCGCAGUCCCGACGCAUAUACGCCGGGCCUUUCGUCACCGUUGAUUUACCAACAUUCGUGAUGAUUGUUCGUGGUACUUACAGUGUGUACACAGUUUUGAGACAAACCUCUGAAUAA